ACUCAUCUCUUCAGCUCUGCCCUGCCGUUUCUCUACUUCCCAGCCUUCUCAUCUCCAGGAACCAUGUCUACCAAAACCACCAUCAAAAGUCAAACCAGCCACCGUGGCUACAGUGCCAGCUCAGCCAGAGUGCCUGGGCUCAACCGCUCUGGCUUCAGCAGUGUGUCCGUGUGCCGCUCCCGGGGCAGCGGUGGCUCCAGUGCAAUGUGUGGAGGAGCUGGCUUUGGCAGCAGGAGCCUCUAUGGUGUGGGGAGCUCCAAGAGGAUCUCCAUCGGAGGGGGCAGCUGUGGCAUUGGAGGAGGCUAUGGCAGCCGAUUUGGAGGAAGCUUCGGCAUUGGAGGUGGAGCUGGUAGUGGCUUUGGCUUCGGUGGUGGAGCUGGCUUUGGUGGUGGCUAUGGGGGAGCUGGCUUCCCGGUGUGCCCACCUGGAGGCAUCCAAGAGGUCACCAUCAACCAGAGCCUCCUCACACCCCUGAACCUGCAAAUUGACCCCACCAUCCAGCGGGUCAGGACUGAGGAGAGGGAGCAGAUCAAGACCCUCAACAACAAGUUUGCCUCCUUCAUCGACAAGGUGCGGUUCCUGGAGCAGCAGAACAAGGUCCUGGACACCAAGUGGGCCCUGCUGCAAGAGCAGGGCACCAAGACCGUGAGGCAGAACCUGGAGCCUAUGUUUGAGCAGUACAUCAGCAACCUCCGCAGACAGCUGGACAGCAUCAUUGGAGAGAGGGGUCGCCUGGACUCAGAGCUGAGGAACAUGCAGGACACAGUGGAGGACUACAAGAGCAAAUAUGAAGAUGAAAUCAACAAGCGCACAGCAGCAGAGAAUGAAUUCGUGACCCUGAAGAAGGAUGUAGAUGCUGCCUACAUGAACAAAGUUGAACUGCAAGCCAAGGCAGACAGUCUAACAGAUGAUAUCAACUUCUUGAGAGCUCUCUAUGAAGCAGAACUGUCUCAGAUGCAAACUCACAUCUCAGACACAUCUGUGGUCCUCUCCAUGGACAACAACCGUAGCCUGGACCUGGACAGCAUCAUCGCUGAGGUCAAGGCCCAGUAUGAGGACAUUGCUCAGAGAAGUCGGGCUGAAGCUGAGUCCUGGUACCAGACUAAAUAUGAGGAGCUGCAGGUCACAGCUGGCAGACAUGGGGACGACCUACGCAACACCAAGCAGGAGAUUGCUGAGAUCAACCGCAUGAUCCAGAGGCUGAGAUCUGAGAUCGACCACGUUAAGAAGCAGUGUGCCAACCUGCAAGCUGCUAUUGCUGAUGCUGAGCAACGUGGGGAGAUGGCCCUGAAGGAUGCCAGGGGCAAGCUGGAAGGGCUGGAGGAUGCCCUGCAGAAGGCCAAACAGGACAUGGCCAGGCUGCUGAAGGAGUACCAGGAACUCAUGAAUGUCAAGCUGGCCCUGGAUGUGGAAAUUGCCACCUACAGGAAGCUGCUGGAAGGAGAGGAGUGCAGGUUGAAUGGUGAAGGUGUUGGACCAGUCAACAUCUCUGUGGUGCAGUCCACCGUGUCCAGCGGCUAUGGCAGUGCCGGGGGUGCCAGCAGCAGCUUAGGCCUGGGUGGAGGCAGCAGCUACUCCUAUAGCAGCAGCCAUGGCCUUGGAGGUGGCUUCAGUGCUGGCAGUGGCAGAGCCAUCGGAGGUGGCCUCAGCUCUUCUGGUGGCCUCAGCUCUUCUACCAUCAAAUACACCACCACCUCCUCCAGCAAGAAGAGCUACAGGCAGUGAAUUCUGUCACCAAGAGCUUGUCUCUGGUCCCAGAUGUCAUGGCUGCAGAAUCCCGUGCUCAGAGCCCCGAGUUCAGGGGCUUCUCCUCCCUGGACCCCACCUCUGCUCCCUUCUUGGGACUGAGGAGGCUGUGUCAUUUUGCUCAUAUUUCUGUCCCCAUGGGUCCCCACUGCUCAUCUCUUUAUAGUCAUCCUGUGAGCUUACAUCACAAUUCACUCACAUUUGGUGCUUCAUGUUGUAUUUGGUUGCCAGGCUCCUGCCUCCCUACCUCUGUCUCUGAGGCUGCCUGUGACAGGGUGUUUCCGACACCUUCAUUUUUGAAAUCAUUGUCUGGGUCCUACUCAAGUAAUGAGCAGCUCCCUGUGAGUUUCUAAUGGCCUGAGAAACCCCAUCUCUCAACAUCAUAACCCUCCCUGUCAGUAACUGUGACUGCCCCGUCACUGGUCCUGUGAUGUAAGUUUCUGCUCAUGUGAUGUCUUUGCUUUCCUUGAUGCUCUUGGCUUCCUCGUAAUUUCUAAAUAAAGCAGGUUUAUACAUAA